AUGGACGAAAGCAAAUAUCCUGUAUAUUUACCGGAUCAUAAUUAUACUACUGAUCUUAUUAUUUUACACAAGCAUAAUGAAUUAUAUCACGCAGGUAUUGCACAUACGUUAGCUGAAUUAAGACGAAAAUAUUGGAUACCGAAAGGAAGAGCUGCUGGUAUGAUAUGGAAAAAUACUAUACCAAGAGCACCAUGGGGGGGUGGUGUAUAUGAAAGACUUACAGGACUCACAAAAAGGGCAUUAAGAAGAGCAAUAGGAAGAAAACUACCAAAGGAAGGAGAAUUAAUAACAUUAAUAGUUGAAAUAGAAGGAAUCCUUAAUACCCGUCCAUUAACUUAUGUAGGGUUUGACGACUACAGAAUCAUUCGUCCAAUUGAUUUUAUAUCACCUAUGGCUUCAUUAGAUCUACCAAUAAAUUAUGAUAGUCAUCAAGAUGAAUAUACCCCUUAUACAAUAAAGACUAAAGAUAAAUUAGUCAAGUAUUGGACUACCACUCUUAACACAUUAGAUGUCUUUUGGAAGUUGUGGAAAGAAGAAUAUCUUAUAAGUCUUAGAGAACGCACACAGAGAGAAUUAAAAUCACCUAGAAUAGUAGAAAAAAGAGUACCACAUGAAAAUGAGAUAGUAUUACUAAAUGAACCAGAAAUACCUCGUGGUGUAUGGAAAUUGGCAAGGAUAAUAAAAAUUAAUCGAGGAUGGGAUGGAAAAAUAAGGAGUGCAACAAUACAAUUACCGAAUGGAAAACAAAUCGAUCGAUCAAUAAAUAUGCUUUAUCCUAUGGAAAUAGAUGCUACUGAAGAUAAAGAAGAAAGAGUGGAAGAUGAACCAGAAGAACCCAUUGCUCGACGAACCAGAAGUGCUAAAAAUCACAGACUACAGUCUUUGCAAAAGACAAGUCUAAUCUUCUGA